GAGAUGGGAAGUGUCCUAGCUAGGUGAUGGGUGUAGCUGGCAGCUAAGAAGAGACCUCUUGGUUGCUUUAAGUGGGGAGGAGAAGAGGGAAACCCUGCUCUCCUGAGAAUGCCCUCCAUUUACCCAGCCCAUGUUAGAAUUUAUGCUGAGAUCCUCAGCUUCAAAGCACUGCACUGGGUGUGACGGAAUCCUCCUCGUGAACUGUAUUCAGUGACACCUGAGCUGAAUGAGGGGGCACAGAGCUGCCUUCUUCUUCUCUGUAGGGCACUUGCCAGGGAUAGUAGAGAGACCAGGGACCUGAGAGAAGAACAGGCUGGGACUUGGUACCCAGGAUCACGCAGCAUGUGAGCAGACAGGCCCGUGACCUCAUGUUCUGCUCUUUCCACCACCACACUGCCCUCGAGCAUCAAGCAGUCCUAAAUGCCUGAGGUAUGGGAGAACCAUGGACCGCUCCCUAGGGCCCUGCUUCACAUGCUGCUACCCAGGAGGUUCCUUGGCAGCCAGGACUUUGAGAUCUUGCAGCCAGUGACUUGAAGAUAUAUUCACUCAUUUACAAAUAUUUACUGAAUGCCUAUCUUCUAGGCCCUGGGAAUUUAACAGUAAGUAAAACAGAAAUACCACCCUCACAGAACUGGCAGACUGGGGUCUGAAGAUAGAUCCCCUCCCCUCAAUGUAAGUCAUAUGGAAUAUUACCAGUUGAUGUGUACUUUGGAAACAGUAUGAGCAGUUGCAGUGCUGCAGGAAGGGUUGUAAUGAUACAUAGGGCUAGAGGGCGACUUUUGAGCGAGGCUGGAAGCCCCUUUGGUAUGCCUCUGUGAGUCACUCUCAGACUUUACCUGGUCUGGAAGAAAAACAUUCAAAGGCCCAGGGUCUCUGGUUGGAUCUCUUGUGUCCUGCUCCCUGUGUGUUCUGUGCCAUGCGUGGCUCAUCCCAUUGGGGGAUGGAGAGUGGUGGGAGGUGGAUCCUGUGGGAAUCCUGGGCUCUCUGUGGUAGCAGCAGGCCCAGACCUGUGUCAGGAACGGGACUGUUGAAGGCUUGGCCCUUCCUGGGCAGUGGGCCCAGCACCUGGUGCGAGUACUCCGCCACAUGACUGCCCCAGGUUGAGGCCUGGAUGGACUGAGGCCUUAUACCCUCCCUGUGAGAGUGAGCAGCCGCUCUGCACCCUCAGGUGCUGAGUUGCAGGACUCAGCUGGUUGGGCCAACCCAGCCCUUGGCAUGUGGUGAAAUCCCAGCCAGCACUGCAGGAAGGACUCACCCAGCUGGGCAGUGUCAGGGGAUGUGGAGGGAAAGACUGAUACAAACCAGGCCCUGCCCUCCUCUCCCUGGCUGACCUAGGAACUUGCUCAGAGUUCACCAAGAAGGCUGAGAAGGCUCCUUGCUGCUUUUGAGAACAGGUUGGAUCUCAACAAGCCAGGCACACAGGGAACCUUGGCCAUGUUGCUUUCACUUCAGCAUCUACGUUACCAUCCCUGCGUGUGGAGCUUUGUCCGUUGGAAUCAGGACCUGAUUCCAUCCAGCAGCCUUGCUGCCUGGUGGGAGAGGUUGUCCCGCCUUCUCUGCGAGGUGGGCAGAGUCCUUGAUUGUCUGCUUCUGGCAGUCAGGGGGGUUCUUCUCAGGUUUCUUGGGGCCAGGGAGUCUCAGGGUAGGGCCUGGGACCUCCAUGGCACUGUAAGGUUUUCCUGGGCCUUUCAGGCUCUCUCUUGCUGUCUUUCUCUUUCUCAUGUUGAAUGGCUUCCAAAUAAAAAUACUUAAGUGAUGAGCUCUUAUGUGGUCCCUUUUCUUGCUUAGCUCUUCUGUGCCACACCUGAGAAUUUCUCAGGCUAUACAGGGGCCAGGCAGGGUAUUAGAGGACGGAGAGAUCGCCUCAUUGCCUCUAGCCAGCCAUCCUUCCAUCUAUAUAGUGUUCCUGCACACAUGCACGCUCCAUCCACCCACCUCCUUCCACCGUGGAGCUGAACAUAGGAGAAGGAGACAGGAUGUCAUGUCCCAGGAAGACUGAGUUUGGAUGCAGUGACAUGAAAAGUGUUUUAAGCAGUCCGAUGCACUGCCCUUUAAAGGCCAAAAUGCUGCUUUGGGAUGAGAAUUAAGGCAAGACUCAUAAGAUUGCACAUAGAGCCCAGUUUUUCUGGAUUUGGAAUAUGGCUGGCUGGAUUAUGCAUCGAGUCAAUUCAAUUAGAUCAACUCUCAGCUGAAGCCCUCUACCAUGGUUCCUGUGUAACGAAUCCAAAAGCCAGGGAACUUGUACCCAUUCAGACUAGAAGCCUUUGCUGGAGAGACAUGCCUGCAGAGGGCCUCAGGUGUGUAGUUGUGUUGUUCAAUCCCCGGAAACACAAACAGCACCACAUCCUCAACAGUUCCAGGAAAACCAUCACCGCCCUUGCCUUCUCCCCUGAUGGCAAGUACUUGGUCACUGGAGAGAGUGGGCACAUGCCCGCCGUGCGGAUUUGGGACGUGGCAGAGCGUAGCCAGGUGGCCGAGCUGCAGGAGCACAAGUAUGGUGUGGCUUGUGUGGCCUUCUCUCCUAGCACCAAGUACAUUGUCUCUGUGGGCUACCAGCAUGACAUGAUCGUCAACGUGUGGGCCUGGAAGAAAAACAUUGUGGUGGCCUCCAACAAGGUGUCCAGUCGGGUGACAGCAGUGUCCUUCUCUGAGGACUGCAGCUACUUUGUAACUGCAGGCAACCGGCACAUCAAAUUCUGGUAUCUCGAUGACAGCAAGACCUCAAAGGUGAAUGCCACUGUGCCCCUGCUGGGCCGCUCAGGGCUGCUGGGAGAGCUACGGAACAACCUAUUCACUGAUGUGGCCUGCGGCAGAGGGAAGAAGGCGGACAGCACUUUCUGCAUCACGUCCUCGGGGUUACUGUGCGAGUUCAGUGAUCGGAGGCUUUUGGACAAGUGGGUGGAGCUGAGGAACACAGACAGCUUCACAACCACAGUGGCCCACUGCAUCUCUGUGAGCCAAGACUACAUCUUCUGUGGCUGUGCUGAUGGCACCGUGCGCCUUUUCAACCCCUCUAACCUGCACUUCCUUACCACCCUGCCCCGACCCCAUGCUCUGGGGACAGACAUUGCCAGCGUCACUGAGGCCAGCCGCCUCUUCUCUGGAGUGGCCAAUGCCAGGUAUCCAGACACCAUUGCCUUGACCUUUGAUCCUGCUAAUCAGUGGCUGUCUUGUGUGUACAACGAUCAUAGCAUUUAUGUUUGGGAUGUGAGGGACCCCAAGAAAGUGGGCAAGGUGUACUCGGCCCUGUAUCAUUCUUCCUGCGUCUGGAGCGUGGAGGUCUACCCCGAGGUCAAGGACAGUAACCAGGCCUGCCUGCCCCCCAGUUCCUUUAUUACCUGCUCCUCAGACAAUACCAUCCGCCUGUGGAACACAGAGAGCUCUGGGGUGCAUGGCUCCACCCUGCACCGAAACAUCCUCAGCAACGACCUCAUUAAAAUCAUCUACGUGGAUGGGAACACCCAGGCUCUGCUGGACACAGAGCUGCCUGGAGGGGAGAAAGCUGAUGCGUCCCUGAUGGAUCCCCGUGUGGGCAUCCGCUCUGUGUGCGUCAGCCCCAAUGGACAGCAUCUAGCAUCUGGGGACCGUAUGGGCACACUUAGGGUGCAUGAACUUCAAUCCCUGAGUGAGAUGCUGAAGGUGGAGGCCCAUGACUCUGAGAUUCUGUGCCUGGAGUAUUCUAAGCCAGACACAGGUCUGAAACUGCUAGCGUCGGCGAGCCGGGACCGGCUGAUCCACGUGCUGGAUGCGGGGCGGGAGUACAGCCUACAGCAGACCCUGGAUGAGCACUCAUCCUCCAUCACUGCAGUCAAGUUUGCAGCCAGCGAUGGGCAAGUCCGCAUGAUCAGCUGUGGAGCAGACAAGAGCAUCUACUUCCGCACUGCACAGAAGUCUGGAGAUGGAGUGCAGUUCACACGGACACACCACGUGGUGCGGAAGACGACCCUCUAUGACAUGGAUGUGGAGCCCAGCUGGAAGUACACGGCCAUCGGCUGCCAGGACCGAAAUAUUCGGAUAUUUAACAUCAGCAGCGGGAAGCAGAAGAAGCUGUUUAAAGGGUCACAGGGUGAGGACGGCACACUCAUCAAGGUGCAGACAGACCCCUCAGGGAUCUACAUUGCCACCAGUUGUUCUGACAAGAACCUCUCCAUUUUUGACUUCUCCUCAGGCGAGUGUGUGGCCACCAUGUUUGGGCACUCAGAGAUUGUCACUGGCAUGAAAUUUAGUAAUGAUUGCAAACAUCUCAUCUCUGUGUCUGGGGACAGCUGUAUAUUUGUGUGGCGCCUGAGCUCUGAGAUGACCAUCAGCAUGAGGCAGCGUCUGGCGGAGCUACGCCAGCGUCAGCGGGGCGGCAAGCAGCAAGGACCAUCCUCUCCUCAAAGGGCUUCUGGACCCCACCGGCACCAGGCCCCAUCGAUGGUCUCUCCUGGACCGGCUCUCUCAUCAGACAGUGACAAGGAGGGAGAAGAUGAGGGGACUGAAGAAGAACUUCCAGCACUGCCCGUCCUUGCCAAGAGUACCAAGAAGGAGCUGGCCUCUGUCCCCAGCCCAGCAUUGCCCCGAAGCCUGUCCCACUGGGAGAUGAGUCGGGCACAGGAGACCAUGGGGUUCCUGGACCCAGCUCCUGCAGCCAACCCAGGACCCAAAAGAAGGGGGCGCUGGGCUCAGCCUGGUGUGGAGCUGAGCGUUCGAUCCAUGCUAGACCUACGGCAGCUGGAAACCCUGGCCCCAAGCCCACGGGGCCCUCGCCAGGACUCGCUGGCCAUGAUCCCAUCUGGUCCUGGGAAGCAUGGGCAGCAGGCCCUUGAGACUUCACUCGCUAGCCAGUUGUUGUCACAAGAGGAAGGGGUCUUUCCCCAAGAUCUGGAACCUGCACCCGUUGAAGACGAUAUUGUCUACCCGGAGCCGAGUGACAGCCCCACCAUGGAUGCCAGUGAGUUCCAGGUGCAGGCUCCAGCCCGGGGAACUCUGGGAAGAGUGUACCCAGGCAGCAGGAGCUCAGAAAAGCACAGCCCCGACAGUGCCUGCUCUGUGGAUUACAGCAGCAGCUGCCUUUCCAGCCCCGAGCACCCCACUGAAGACUCCGAGAGCACAGAGCCCCUCAGUGUGGAUGGCAUCUCCUCAGACCUUGAAGAGCCAGCUGAGGGUGAUGAAGAAGAGGAGGAAGAGGAGGGAGGCACGGCCCCUUAUGGACUGCAGGAGGGAAGCCCCCGGACCCCAGACCAGGAGCAGUUUCUGAAACAGCACUUUGAGACUCUGGCCAAUGGAGCUGCUCCAGGGGCCCCAGUGCAGGUGCCAGAGAGGUCAGAGUCUCGGAGCAUCUCUUCACGAUUCCUGUUAAAAGUGCAGACCCGCCCACUCAGGGAACCAUCCCCAUCCUCCUCAAGCCUGGCACUGAUGUCGAGACCAGCCCAGGUGCCACAGGCAUCUGGUGAGCAGCCGAGAGGCAAAGGUGCCAAUCCCCCCGGAGCACCCCCGGAGGCAGAUCUAUCCUCUGGCAACCGCAGCCCCCAGCAGGCAGCCACUGUGCUGUUGCCACGAUGCCGUCUCAACCCUGACAGCAGCUGGGCUCCCAAGAGAGUGGCCACAGCCAGCCCCUUAUCUGGACUCCAGAAAGCCCAGUCUGUGCAUAGUCUGGUGCCACAGGAAAGAGAUGAAGCCAGUCUACAGGCCCCUUCACCAGGCCUAUUGCUCUCUCGGGAGAUCAAAGCUCAGGAUGGUCAGGGCUCCCUGCCCCUGGCUGAUGGCCGUCUGUCUCGGCCCCACUCUUACCAGAGCCCCACCACCAGUUCCAUGGCCAAGAUAUCCCGCAGUAUCUCUGUUGGGGAGAACCUGAGCCUGGUCGCCGAACCUCCAGCUCCUGCCCCUAUCCGAGUCUCACCACUUAGCAAGCUGACCCUGCCCAGCCGGGCUCACCUGGUUUUGGACAUCCCCAAACCACUGCCUGACCGUCCUACCUUGGCUGCAUUCUCACCUGUAACCAAAGGCCGGGCCCCUGGUGAGGCAGAACAGCCUGGCUUCCCAGUGGGCCUAGGAAGAGCUCACAGUACAACUGAGAGAUGGGCCUGUCUGGGGGAGGGCACCACUCCCAAGCCUAGGACAGACUGCCAGGCUCAUCCUGGGCCCAGCAACCCCUGUGCCCAGCAACUGCCAGUCAGCAGCCUCCUCCGAGGCCCUGAAAACUUGCAGCCCCCACCCCCUGAGAAGACUCUCAACCCCAUGGACUGCGCCAAGCCAGGGGCAGCCCUGAGCCAGGACUCAGAACCAGCAGUGAGCCUGGAGCAGUGUGAGCAGCUGGUGGCAGAGCUCCGAGGCAGCGUGCACCAGGCCGUGCGGCUCUACCACUCGGUGGCUGGCUGCAAGAUGCCCUCAGCAGAGCAAAGUCGGAUCGCCCAGCUCCUCAGAGACACCUUCUCUUCAGUGCGACAGGAGCUGGAAGCCCUGGCUGGGGUAGCACUGUCCAGCCCAGGCAGUAGCCCUGGGGCUGUGGGAGCUGAGCAGACACAGGCCCUGCUGGAGCAAUACUCAGAACUGUUGCUUCAAGCCGUGGAGCGGCGCAUGGAACGCAGACUCUGAGAUUCAGAAGCCUGCCCCAAGUGAAUGAAUGCCCCAGCCAUUCUAAACUGCAGACCCUCUGCCACUCACCAAAAUCUGCGGGGCUGCUUGAAGUGGAAAGCAGGGAGCAGUGUUGAGAGGCGAAGCAGCCUUCCCAGCCACUCCUCGUGGGGCACCUGUAUUUAUUAAUUUAUUUCCCUGACUGUUGCCUCACUUCCUUGGAACUCCUGCCUCCACAGCCCCUCCAGUGGCAGGGACGGGUCUUGGGUCUUUGUCAUCUUGGUGCUGUGAGGGGUAAGAGGGCAGCCUGCCCCAUCUAGGAAUCUGGAAAGGGCUGGCCCUCUCUUAGAAGCCAUUUGAAAUUACUGCAGGGAUCAGCUCCCUGGGGUGGAGCAUACACAGGGUACUCUGGGGUCGAGGUGACAGGUCAUGUGGUAUUCAGUGCCCUUCAGCCAACUGGGGGCCUUCACCUCUACCUCCACUUGCCCUCUCACACCAGCUGCACUCCCCUGGCUGCCAGAGCAGGGUGGUUUUCCCCGAUACCUGGCAGCUCAGAAAGGCAGAGCCAUCUGGCCCUCCAGGGUGUCCCCAGCCACCAGGAGACCUGAGUUGGUAUUAGAACCUGAGCCCCUACAUUCCACUCCCAUACUCCUUCCAAGAGGGGCCCAGCAUUGUCUCUCCCUGUGACCCCUUUCUGUCCUGGCCAGAACUGGAGCCAGCUGUGAGACAUUGCUGCGGGACAGUAAGCCCUCAGCUGGGCAAACAUGAAGCUCUGGCCUCCUUUCCUCAGCCCCUUGUCCUUCCCUGUCCUCCAGCCCUGGACCCCAGCCACCUGCUGGAGCCCAGAGGUCACCUUCUCCCUGCAUCCUGAGUCAUGCUCAGUCAGAAGCCUGUGUUGGAAUGUCCCUCGUUUACAGGGCGCUGGCCCACCUCCUGAGGACCUCGGCCACAGAUGAGAUCACAUGCAUGCAUGCACACGCACACACACACCCCUGCACAGCAUGCAGAUGAGAUCACAUGCAUGCAUACACACACACACACACACACAUGCACACAGUUGAGUGUUGGUUGCUAGAGCAUCUGGUUGGCUGCUAUGUGCCUGGUUUCCUCACAUCCUGCCUCAGCCUCACCACCCUGGCUUAUGGGGAACACAUAUCAGGGGGGCAGGAAAAGGGGUGGAACACACUGAGUGAACCCAGAUUCUGGAUUCUUGGUGUCCACAGCCUAGCUGAUAGGAGAUAGCCCACAGGACACCUGGUUUAGGUAGAAGAAGCCUCCUCAAAGGCAGUGCUGGGCACCCACAGGUGUGCCGGAUACUGGAGUUUGAGUUGAGGGAGGUGCAGGGGCCAAAGGAGACACUGGAAAACUGGUCGGUGGGACAGGUAAGUGGCAGAGGUGAGGGGAUAGGUUAGAAUUUAAAAGGGCAGUAGUUAGGGGUGAGGGGAAGGAAAUAGGGCACUGUAGGAGGUAGAGUAGGACCAAGUCAUGAGGCAGUUGAAGAGUUGAGGAAGGAGUCUUUGGGCCCUACUGCUCCCCUCUAAUCCAGGUAAGUCAGGACAGCUUUACCACAGCUCCAGGCCACGACAGCCCCUUCACCUGUGCUGCUGGGCCGUAGGCAGAGGCUUACAAAGAAGUGGGUUCCGAAGGGUGCCCAGCUGCGGGGCAUCAGCCCGAGUGCAUCUGAGCUGCUCCAAAACUGGCCCUCCCCCACUCCUCUACCACCGCGUGGCCCCGGAACUGCCGCAGCUGGCGGCGGGCCCGUACCCGCUGCGCCCCCACCUCGCACACUAGUCGCAGCCCACCGCAGGUGGGACUCAGGUUCGCUCUCUGGGCCAGGUCCUCCUCGAGGAGGGAGCUACCCUCAGCCUGAGGUUUGUGAGAACGUGGCCGCCCUUUUCCUGCCCUCUGACCCUUGUGGGUGGGUGGGGAGGCCUCGUGGCCCGGCCGGCACCCCGUCCCUUUCUGCAUGUCUGAGGCCACCGGCAACAGCCGCCCCACUCCAGAGUCGCCCCUGCCCAGUUUUAAAAACCCCUUAUUUAUAACUUUUCUACUUUGUCCCAGUCGCGGCGCUUCCCGCCUCCUACCCGGCUGCACCGGGCGGCGGCUGUUUUUAACGUUCCCGUUUGUACUGAUGUAUGAACUUGUCAAUAAACACAAUCGUUUGUUAA